AAUAACUUCCCUGCGAAUGCUAACGAGAAAAUUGUCAGAAAACCGCCCGAAACAGAGCGGCAAAAGUGAAGAGAAAUAGAACCAAAAACCAUCCCAAAUUCAAAACCCCACCGCUUUGGCCGAGCUUUUCCUUCUGUAAAAUGCUUGGCCGCCAUUGUUUCAGCCACUAAGCUUCUGAGCGGGGGUCGUCUUCUCGAUCGUUUCAGUUUUUAGAGAUUGAGAUAUGCAGAAGCCGCGGCGAAGAGCGUUAUUGGUCAUGAGGAAGUUUCUAACAUGCACUAUGUGCUCAAUGGCCCUAGUUGCCGUGUUAUCCGUUCCCGUACAGGUCUUUCCUUCAUCCAGAGACGUUCCGAUCUUCUCUCGAUCUUACAAACUCCCGAAGCAACGUGAAUUAAAAUUUCAGAGACUGGUUCCAGAGCAAAGCUUGACACAAGAGUUUGCACCGCUUCGUUGGUCGAAAGCUCCUCGUCUUUUUCACAAGACCUCAGCUUUGGACGAUCUUUGGAAUCCUCCUUCAAAUCGUGAUUUCUUUCCCUGCACUGAGCCUAGUCUUAAUUACUCAUCUCCUGGAAAGACGAGAGGUUACCUUCUGGUUCAUACAAAUGGAGGGCUUAAUCAAAUGCGCGCUGGGAUAUGUGACAUGGUUGCAAUUGCACGUAUAAUUAAUGCAACCCUCGUGAUUCCCGAACUUGACAAACAUUCAUUUUGGAACGACUCUAGCAACUUCUCGGAUAUUUUUGAUGAAGAUCAUUUUAUUAAUGCUCUUUCCAAUGAUGUAAAAGUCAUUAAGAAGCUUCCUAAGGAGUUUGCUACCAUUGCAAGAGCAGUUAAGCAUUUUAGAAGCUGGUCUGGCAUUGAUUACUACCGAGAUGAGAUAGCUAGCAUGUGGAAAGAUCAUCGGGUUAUUCGAGCUGCAAAAUCAGAUUCUCGCUUAGCAAAUAACUACCUUCCUGCUGACAUACAGAAGUUGCGAUGCCGUGCUUGUUACGAAGCCUUGCGGUUUUCACCUCAAAUUGAAGCUAUGGGAAAGGUUGCCUAACAUGCCCAAACUUCUUUUGCCUUCUCUUUUUCUUCCCUCUAGAGGGAAUUGAAUUUGUCUUCUUCAUUUUUUUUUU